GUGUGGGGAAUUGCUCAUUAACCACCUCCCCCCCCUCCCCCCACUCCUCCUCCAGAUCUCGAGCUGAGGCGGUGGCCACGAUCUAACCGGCAUCGAGUGAGAGGCGGCAGGUGUGUGUCCUUGGCCUGAACUACAAAAUCGCCAGGUGGCACAUGCAUGGGAACUCCUGAGGCAUGCUGUGAGCUGUAGUUCCUGGCCUCUGCUCUUGAUGAAGCUUUCCCCACCCCCAGAGAUGGCAGCCAUUCGGAAAAAGUUGGUUAUUGUUGGAGAUGGUGCUUGUGGCAAGACAUGCCUUCUGAUUGUGUUCAGUAAGGAUCAGUUCCCUGAGGUUUAUGUACCAACUGUCUUUGAAAACUACAUUGCAGACAUUGAAGUGGAUGGCAAACAGGUUGAACUUGCACUCUGGGAUACAGCUGGGCAAGAAGACUAUGAUCGACUCCGACCACUCUCCUACCCUGACACUGAUGUUAUUUUAAUGUGCUUCUCAAUUGAUAGCCCAGACAGCUUGGAAAAUAUCCCUGAGAAAUGGACACCUGAAGUGAAGCAUUUUUGUCCCAGUGUGCCUAUAAUUCUAGUUGGAAACAAGAAGGACUUGAGAAAUGAUGAGAACACACGAAAAGAGCUUGCAAAAAUGAAGCAGGAACCUGUGAAGCCAGAGGAGGGACGAGACAUGACCAACAAAAUUAGUGCUUUUGGCUACAUGGAGUGCUCUGCCAAAACAAAGGAAGGAGUUCGGGAAGUCUUUGAGAUGGCCACGCGGGCUGCAUUACAAGUCAAACACAAGAAGAGACGCAAGUGUGUACUGUUGUAGGAUCUGAUGCAUACUGUCGCAUGUACUGUAUCAGCUGUAAUAACAUUUAUCAAACUUUUUACACAGUAUAUGGAGAUUUUCCUCUUUCUUCCCCCGGUUUUCAAAUGGCUAUUUUUCAAACACUUUAGUCUGAGCCUUUUUUGACUUGCUGUGUAAUGCUUAGUAUUUGAAUAGUGAUGGGAGGAGCCUAGUGUUGAUCUGAGAUCACGAACACCAGCACCUCAUGACAGUGGGUUUAAGCACUGUAAGUUCAGGGGGCGAGUGGGGAUUUAGUACCAUUUGGGUAUCUACAUUGUUAUAAAAAAAACUCAUUAUAAAACCAGAUAAUUAUAUAGUGUCAAAACAACUUUUCUGCAUAGUUCCAUUUAACUUGAACAUUUGGUACAGAGCAUGAAAUAGUUUGUAUAAUCAUCUUCUGUAACCUGAUCACUUUAUUUGCUGAAAUGAACUAUUUCUCUACAUUCUAAGUCUGUGCUGCUGUUUUUUUUUCUGUUAUCUAAGCAUUGCAGGCCAAUCUGGGAGUAGUGCUGCAGACUCCUGUGAAUGAUAGUUAACUAGCUUUUGUAUAAUUGCAUUCUGUUCAACUUGAUUUUCUUUCUUUUUGUAGAUUUAUUGUAUUGAGAUUCAAGUUUGUAUUGAACCUCUUUGUAUAAAAUGCUAACUGUCAACACUUAGUGAUUUGUAAGCCCCUAUCCUAUCUGAGGGUUUAUAUUAACAUAAUCCUGUCUUCUGAAUUUUGUAAUAGUUGUGCAGAAAUGACUCAGCCAGUUUACAGCACUUGCUGUGAAGCUCUGCUUCCUCUGCACACACUUGUAUUUGCUGCUGCUUAACUAGAGGCUGAAGCAGUUUUCCCAAAGAACAUUCCACAAUUGUUUAAAUUCACUUUGGUCUGCAACCUGCACAGCCAGCAUGUGCAUCUAUCCCCCCUCUUGAUCUGUUGAUUUCAAUCUUGUAUGCAAUAACCAAUACUGUGGCUUAAAUGUAAAAUCAUUUUGCUUUCAUCCUGGGUUAAACAUUUCAGACAGUUGGCACUUAAAUGUAAAAAAAAUAAUAAAUUUAAUGGAACACUUUAAA